AUGAAGCAAUUGGCUUGGGUCGCAGCUCUCUUCGCGAAUGUGGCCGUGGGCCUCACUCCUGCAGAAUGGCGAACUCAGUCCAUCUAUUUCCUGUUGACUGAUCGAUUUGGCCGAACAGACAAUUCAACCACCGCAACAUGCGACGUCUCAGAUCGGAUUUAUUGUGGAGGCAGCUGGCAAGGAAUUAUCAAUCAACUUGAUUAUAUCCAGGGAAUGGGAUUUACGGCCAUCUGGAUCACACCUGUUACGGAGAACCUCUCCCAAGACACUGGGGAUGGCGAGUCGUACCACGGAUACUGGCAGCAGCAAAUUUACUCUGUCAACACGAACUAUGGCACAGCCGCUGAUCUCUUGGCCUUAUCCGAGGCUUUACACGCUCGGGGUAUGUAUCUGAUGGUGGAUGUUGUGGCAAAUGACAUGGGCUAUGAUGGAAUUGGAUCGGAUGUAGACUAUAGUGUCUUCAAUCCGUUUGAUUCAUCAUCAUAUUUCCAUUCGUAUUGUCUCAUCAGCAACUAUGACAAUCAGACCAAUGUUGAAGAUUGCUGGCUUGGAGAUACUACUGUCUCCUUGCCAGAUCUGAACACAGCCCUCACAUCAGUGCAAACCAUCUGGUACGAUUGGGUCGCAGCCUUGGUUGCAAAUUAUUCUAUCGACGGGCUGCGGAUUGAUACCGUGAAGCAUGUCCAGCAAUCAUUCUGGUCCGAUUACAAUGACGCUGCAGGAGUCUAUUGUGUUGGCGAAGUUGACGACGGAGACCCAGCCUACACCUGCCCCUACCAAGACUAUCUGGAUGGCGUGUUAAACUACCCUGUGUACUACCAACUUCUCUACGCAUUUGAGAGCUCAAGUGGUAGUAUCAGUGAUUUGUACAAUAUGAUUGCAUCAGUCGCCUCUGAUUGUGCCGAUCCUACGCUCCUUGGAAAUUUUAUUGAAAAUCAUGAUAACCCUCGCUUUGCCUACUACACCUCGGACUAUUCUCAGGCUAAGAAUGUGAUCUCCUUUAUCUUCUUGUCUGAUGGCAUUCCAAUUAUCUACGCCGGUCAGGAACAGCACUACGACGGCGGCAAUGAUCCUGACAACCGCGAGGCCACUUGGCUAUCCGGGUACCUUACCACCGCAGAGCUAUAUGAAUGGAUUGCUUCCACAAACAAGAUUCGCAACCUCGCCAUAUCUGCUGAUUCAAUUUACAUCACAACCAUCAACGAUGCGUUUUACCAAGAUAGUAAUACCUUGGCAAUGAAAAAGGGAUCAAGCACUUCUCCGGUUAUCACUGUCCUCUCAAACAAGGGCGCUAGUGGAAGCUCUUAUACCCUCACUCUGAGCGGGAGUGGAUAUUCUUCCGGUGCUGUGCUCACAGAGUUGUACACCUGUACCUCAGUGACAGUGGACUCCAGUGGAGACAUUGCUGUUCCAAUGGUCUCUGGUCUACCUCGUGUCUUCAUGUUGACCUCUCAUCUAUCUGGCAGUGGACUCUGUGGAACAUCCACCUCUACUUCCAGCUCCACCAGCACCACGACUAAGACUACGUCAUCUUCGUCAAGCACGACGUCGGCUACAACUCUCACAACAACGACGAGCAAGACAACCAGCUCCAGUUCCAGCACUAGUACAUGUUCCCAAGCCACCGCAAUAGCGGUACGCUUUGAAGAAAUCAAAACCACUACCUGGGGCGAGAAUAUCUAUAUCUCCGGAUCAAUCAGUGAACUAGGAGAUUGGGACACGUCUGAUGCCGUCGCUCUAUCGGCCACUGAUUACACCUCUUCCAAUCCAUUGUGGUAUGUAGUCGUGACGAUCCCCGUGGGAACAGUCUUCCAAUACAAGUUUAUCGAAGAGACGAGUGGUUCUUCAACGAUCACAUGGGAAAGUGACCCCAAUCGAUCCUACACGGUGCCAACGGGCUGCUCGGGCACAACUGCAACCGUAACAGCAACCUGGAGGUAG